UCGGAGUUGAUAUUUGUCUAGCCUUUCCAACACAAACAAGAAGAGCAAGAUCAACAACAGAAAGAAAGAAAGAAAGAAAGAAAGAAGGGGGGGUUAGGGCCCCAAAUCCCUGAAAUCUUGUAAACCCUGAUUUUGAUCGAUCGGAGUCAUGAGUGGGACAGCUUCCCGGAGGAACAGUAGUUCACUUCAUAGACGAAAUAAUCCCUCAACAACCCUCAGAAAAUCCACAUCCACGCAGUCGGAGAACGGAACAACUUCCACCGGCGCCACCAAUGGUUUUCCUCUCAAAUCCCCUUCGCCUGCUCCUUCUGGUGAAAGGACUGUGAAGAAGCUUAGGUUAUCGAAGGCCCUCACAAUACCGGAGGGGACCACUGUUUUCGAUGCUUGUAGGAGAAUGGCCGCCCGUCGUGUUGAUGCUGUCUUAUUGACUGAUGCUAAUGCUUUGCUUUCUGGAAUAGUCACCGACAAGGAUAUAGCAACCAGAGUUCUUGCGGAAGAACUAAGGCCAGACCAGACCGUAAUUUCGAAAAUUAUGACAAGGAAUCCUACUUUUGUUGAUUCUGGUACUUUCGCGAUAGAUGCCCUUCAAAAGAUGGUCCAAGGAAAAUUUAGGCAUCUACCAGUUGUUGAAAAUGGUGAAGUUAUUGCGUUGUUAGAUAUCACAAAGUGUCUAUAUGAUGCUAUUUCCAGAAUGGAAAAAGCCGCUGAACAGGGCAGUGCUAUUGCCGCAGCGGUUGAGGGUGUCGAACGCCAAUGGGGAAACAAUUUUAACGCUCCUUCUGCUUUUAUAGAGACACUCAGAGACCGAAUGUUCAAGCCCUCCUUGUCAACAAUCAUUUCUGAAACUUCUAGGGUUGCAACUGUUGUAGCAUCAGAUCCAGUUUCUGUUGCUGCUAAAAAGAUGCAAGAGUUUCGUGUUAAUUCUGUUAUCAUUAUGGCUGGAAACAAUAUGCAGGGCAUAUUAACUUCGAAGGAUCUUCUCUUGCGAGUUGUGGCACAAAAUCUUCCUCCUGAGUUAACCCCUGUUGAAAAGGUUAUGACGCCGAAUCCGGAAUAUGCAACAGUGGACACAUCAAUCCUUGAAGCGUUGCAUGUAAUGCAUGAUGGGAAAUUUUUACAUCUUCCUGUUGUAGAUAAAGAUGGAAGCGUUGCAGCAUGCGUGGAUGUCCUGCAGAUAACUCAGGCGGCUAUCUCGAUGGCUGAAAGUAAUUCUGGUGCUGAUGUGGCCAACACGGUUAUGCAAAAGUUUUGGGACUCGGCUCUCAAUCUAGAGCCACCAGAUGAUUAUGAAGACAGUCACAGUGAAAUGUCAAUGUCAGCUAUUAUGACGUCUGAUGCUGUGGAUGGUGGGCGGUCAUAUCCAUCUCUUGGUCUCGGGAAUACGUUUGCUUUUAAAUUUGAAGACUUAAGGGGACGUGUACACAGGUUUAAUUUCGGCACCGGAAAUCUGGGCGAGCUAGUUUCGGCUGUUACUCAAAGAAUGGGUGGUGGUAGUGGUGAUCAAAAUAAACUUCAACUUUUGUACGAUGACGAUGAGGGGGAUAGGGUUUUGCUUACUACAGAUAGUGAUCUUGUUGGUGCUGUAAGCCAUGCCAGGUUAGCGGGACAAAAGGUGUUGAGAUUGCAUUUAGACUACUCUGAUUGUGGUCAACCGAAAAGAGAAUCACAAUUAGGUACGGUUAUGGAAGAACGAACAAUAGAGACCCCAAAAUCGAACCAUCUGCAGACUGGGAUUUUGGCAAGUGCGGCAGUCAUUGCAAGUGUCGCUUGCAUCGUCUACUUGAAGCGUUCCAACCAAUGAAACUUCUUUCUUAUGUGUCUCAAGUUCCUUCGGUUCUACUAAUACAAGUUUUUGUCUAUGUAGUAUGUGAAGAACAAAUAAAAAUGGCAAUAGAUAUGCUACCAGAAAAAUUGCAAAAUUUCACCAUAUAAUUUAAUUUUUUUUUGUUUAUAUGUAAGGUGGUUUUUGAGGACCACUGAUUACUUUAUCUGUUAAAUUUAGUCUCCAUAUAUUCUGACUAAUAUUGAUGGGUCAUACCAUGGUGUCAUGUUCAGUUUUACAUAGUGGGUGCUUGAAUUUGUGUCUAGUUUUGAGUGUUUGAAUGUAAGACCACAAAUUAUUAUUAUUAUUAUAUAUUGAAACACAUCUUGCUAA